AUGAAACAUGAUUUGGAAUUACAAGUAAAUAAAACAAAUAAUUUAUCAGAAGGUAAAACAGCAACUCAAUCCAGAACUGCAACAUGUUUUCCUCCCUGUGGUCCAGAUAAAGUCAUUGAUGGCGAUAGAGAAACGUGCGCGAAGGAUGUGGGUAUAGGCAAGGGAUCUUCGGUCAAAUCUAUAUGGUGGACCGUAGAUCUUGGUAGCAAACACAGCAUUUACAGCAUCAGCAUAUAUUUUAAAGACUACAAGGAAUAUGGGGACUUUGAGCUCAGACAAAGAGGCCGUUUUGCUGGAUUUUCCCUUUACAUUUCCAACACUCAAAAGAAAGAGGACGGUUAUCUUUGUUACAAGAACACACUUCCAUUACCUCCCUUGGAGUUUAAUACAACGUGUAUAGAACAUGGUCGUUACGUCAUCUAUUACAAUGAAAGACUGGACGGUGUUACCUAUCCUGGGGAAUACCAAAUACAGAGCAUAUACACAGAACUAUGUGAAGUGAAAGUAGAAGGUUGCGGUAAGGGGUUUCAUGGAAAUAACUGUAACACACCUUGUCCAAUCAACUGUCAAGAACAGAGAUGUAGCAUUGUCAACGGAACAUGUUUUGAUUGUACACAGGGAUACGCAGGGGAAAUGUGCGAAAAGAAAUGUGAAUCGGGAUUUUAUGGUUUGGAAUGCAAAAGGCAAUGUAAAGGGCAUUGUAUAAGAAACACUCCAUGUAACCACGUGACCGGAAAUUGUGACGAGGGAUGUGCAGCUGGAUGGAUUGGAAUGCAGUGUGAUCAAG